UUCAAAUUUCCAACCUCCAUUCCAACUAACUCCCGCCUCACUCUUCACACUCUCUUCUAGGUAAACUACCAGCCACUACUUUUUAGGUUUCCGCUCCUCCUCCGCCAUACACCAUGCUCUUCCAUCUCCUCCGCCACCGCCACCACCAGCACUGCUUCCGCCGCUUAAUUUCCACCACAACCUCACCUUCACCACCAUUAUCCUUCCCACUCUCUCAUCCAGCUUAUAUAAUCUGGGGCUCCAACACAUCUCUCGGCAAAACCCUCAUCUCCACCGGCCUCGCUUCCUCUUUCCUCCUCUCCUCCGCAACCGCCACUUCACCGCCACGUAAAUUCCUCUACCUCAAACCGGUUCAAACCGGUUUCCCGACCGACUCCGACUCAAAUUUCCUCUUUACUAAACUCUCCUCUCUCGCCUCUUCCCUUCCCAAUCACAAUGCACAUUCUCUUUACUCCUCCAAUUCCGUCCUCAAAGCCUCUCAUCCCGCCUCGAAAUCCGUAAACGCCAGUCAAAUUGAAUCUAAAUGCGGAAUGUAUGAGUUGAAUUUCCACGAGGAGAAAAAGACCGUGUUCACUAAUGUUUAUUCGGAGUUAAUUUGCAAAACUUUAUUUGCCUGGAACGACGCCGUUUCUCCACAUUUAGCUGCGGAGAGAGAGAAUACAGUUGUGGAGGAUUCUGAUGUUUUAGAGUGUUUAAAGAAUGAGCUGGAGUUAUUUAGUAAGAUUAAAAAUGGAUAUUUAAAUUCCUUUUGUAUAAUUGAAACUGCCGGUGGUGUUGCUAGUCCUGGUCCUUCUGGUAGUUUGCAGUGUGAUUUAUACCGGCCGUUUCGAUUUCCCGGUGUACUUGUGGGAGAUGGGAGGCUUGGAGGUAUUUCGGGUACAAUUUCGGCUUAUGAAAGUUUAAAACUUAGAGGUUAUGAUAUUGCUGCUGUUGUUUUUGAAGAUCAUGGCCUUACAAACGAGGUCCCUCUCUUAUCCUAUUUGCGCAAUAGGGUUCCCGUGAUUUUAUUGCCUCCUGUCCCAAAAGAUAUGUCAAACGACCUUGUGGAAUGGUUUGCUGAGUCUGAAAAAAUAUUUAAUUCGUUAAAGGAAGUAAUGUUAUCUGAUUUUUCAAAGAGAGUACAAAGAUUGAAUGAAAUGCCUAAGAAGGCUAGAGACGUUUUAUGGUGGCCAUUUACUCAGCAUAGACUUAUACCAGAAGAUUCUAUUACUGUUAUUGAUUCAAGGUGUGGAGAGAAUUUUGCAGUCUACAAGGCCCAAGAUAAUGAGUUCAUAACUGAACAAUUUGAUGGAUGUGCUAGUUGGUGGACUCAAGGACCUAAUGCCACUCUACAGACUGAGCUUGCUAGAGAUAUGGGUUAUGCUGCUGGAAGAUUUGGCCAUGUAAUGUUUCCUGAGAAUGUUUAUGAGCCAGCUCUAGAAUGUGCUGAGCUUUUGCUUGAGGGUGUGGGCAAAGGCUGGGCUUCUAGGACAUAUUUUUCGGAUAAUGGAUCAACAGCUAUCGAAAUUGCCCUGAAAAUGGCAUUUCGGAAAUUUUCUUCUGAUAAUGGGUUUGUUUUAGAUUAUGACAGUAACAAUACAGCUGAAAGAUCCAUCGAGCUAAAGGUAUUAGCAUUAAAAGGAUCUUAUCAUGGUGAUACAUUGGGAGCAAUGGAAGCUCAAGCACCAUCGCCUUAUACUGGCUUCCUUCAGCAACCAUGGUACAGUGGAAGAGGUCUUUUCUUGGAUCCUCCUACUGUUUUUAUGAGCAAUAGCAUAUGGAAUCUUUCUUUUCCUGAUGGAAUGCAUUCUGAAAGUGUAACUAACAAAAUCAUGGCAUUCAGAUCUCGUGAUGAAAUUUUUGAUAAGAGCAGGGACCACUCAGAUCUGUAUGGGUAUUAUUCAUCUUAUAUAUCACAGCAGUUAUACCAAUAUACAGGAUCAGAAGGAAAUAUCCAUAUUGGAGCUUUGCUUAUAGAACCAGUUAUUCAAGGUGCUGGAGGAAUGCUUAUGAUUGAUCCACUUUUCCAACGAGCACUUGUAAACGAGUGUCGAAGGAGAAACAUCCCAAUCAUAUUUGAUGAAGUAUUUACUGGUUUCUGGCGACUUGGAGUAGAGAGUGCAAUAGAACUACUUGGUUGUCUACCAGAUAUAGCUUGCUUUGCAAAGCUGAUGACUGGUGGGAUUAUACCCCUUGCUACCACAUUGGCCAGUGAAGAAGUUUUUAAUUCAUUUAUCGGAGACUCAAAGCUCAAGGCCCUUUUGCAUGGACACUCAUAUUCUGCUCAUGCUAUGGGGUGCACAGCAGCUGCUAAAUCCAUCAAAUGGUUCAAGGAUCCCAGUACAAACUUUAAUAUCAUUGCUGAACGAAGAUUGCUUAGGGAGUUAUGGAAUGAGGAAUUGAUACAACAGAUCUCAUCACAUCCUUCUGUUCAAAAAGUUGUGGUUUUGGGAACUCUAUUUGCUCUAGAACUAAGAGCAGAAGGGAGUGAUGCUGGGUAUGCAUCCCAGUACUCGCGUUCUCUUAUUCUGAAACUCCGUGAAGAUGGAAUUUACAUGAGACCUUUGGGGAAUGUUAUCUAUCUUAUGUGUGGACCCUGCACGGCUCCUGAAACCUGCAGUCAACUCUUAAUCAAACUUCAAAGGAGACUCGAGGAGUUCGAGCAAAUUAAAGAGGAGCCAGCAUCCCAUUACUGAUCAAUUGUUUUUGCAGUUCACAUUCAAAUUAGGCAUCUUUAGUUCGAGUUGGCCAUGGGCUGGUUCGGCCCGUGAACACACCCGGUCAAACCCUAAACCUGACCAAAACCGUCCUGCAACUGUGGGAUUGUCGGUUCCGAGUCGAUCCCAAAUUCCUUGAACUGUGAACUGCCAUUUCUAGGAGUUUUUUUUGCACCUACCAGGGGAUAAAAGUUCUGUAAAAUUACUGCCAACUAAGGGUUUU